AUGAUGUCCAAGGCGCCAAGGUGGCAUGAGACCCUGGUAAACUGUAAGACCAAGAAACCUGCACAGAAGACAGCAGGCAAGGAAUCAGCAGCACUAACUGCAUCUAGUGGAAGUAAACAGGCUGGCAGCAUUAAAACCAGCGCUACUCAUGGAAGAAGCCACAGCCUCAACAGCAGAGGGAGUGAGUCGACAGCUAGCAGCAACAAGGCCGGUGGCAGCUUGAAAAGAGGCAGCCUCGGCCACCAAGGCCACCAGGGCACCAAACCAGCAUCUCGCCCAUCCAGACCUGCUCUCCGCCUCUGCAGCAGCCGGAGCUUUUCAUCACUCAACACCUCCUCUCUCACUGCUGCUCCUUUCAUGAGAAGCAGCCGCUCUCUCAGCCGACUCGACCAAAGAGCCACUGGAGACGAUUCAGACCAUGCAGUUUCAAGCUCACAAGUAAAAACAGGACAAACCACAGAAAACAAAGCCCUGAAUUCUGGCCAGCGGUCCUCCUCUGUGGAGCAAAUCAGGGAUAACAAAGACCAGUGUCAUGGUGACAAAGCUGAGAAAAUGAAAACAAGCAGCUCCUCAGAGCCCCCGGAGUCUUCCUCCUCUUUGGUUGCCACCACUGCAUGUCAUCAUCACUACGACAAAGUGAAAAAAGAGACCAAAGAUGGCGUGUACACACUCUGUGCGAUGACCUCUGGGAUGAAACGUAACUGGGUCCAAGCAGUGUUGAAGAAUGUGAGACCCAGUAUCCCACCUGACAUCACAAACUCCCUGUCAGAGCAAAAGACUCAGCAGAAAUCACAGCAUCCAGAGUCGACAGAAGGUUUGGAGACAGCUGAACGCUCAAAUAGCUUUUUGCAAGUGCACAAAACCAGCAAGUGUGCAGAGGAAACACAGAAAGAGCAGGAACUCAAACUGCAGCCGGUGACAGAGCGGAGUCGUGCUGAUGGAAGCUCUGCAUCGUCUGCGAUCUCCUCCUAUCUUCUGUCCUCCUCCGUCUCACCUUCCACCUCCUCUGCUCCGUCUCUCAUUAAUCCUCCCCAGCAGGUGGACGAGGGUGAAGGUGUGUCUGGUGUUCAGCGCACGCCGCUUGUUGCAACCACACAAACUGGUGUGACAGAUGCAUCAUCAUACGUUGAAGGAGCUGGAAGCGACAGCUCUGCUUCUACAACAAUGCCGUUGAAUGCUGGGUGUUUUGAUGAACAUUCAAAUACACAGAGUGAAACUGAACAAAGUAAAACUACAUCUCAGAAUGAGGAGCAACAGGCAUCAAUCAACAUCAUCCGUGAGUGCAUGAAAGAGACAGAAAAACCGCCCUGUGAGCAGCAAACUGGACAACUUGUCAAAGAGCUAGAACAAACACAGAAGGAAUUAUCUCGACUCCAGCAGUUAAAUAAGAGUUUGCAGGAAGAGCUGCAACAAGAAAGAGAGAGUCAUUCAUGGGAAGCAGUUCAUCCACAGAAGGAUCUUCUCUAUGACUCGUCUCCGCAGCAAUCGUUGGCUAUACAGCAGCUGCAGAAGAUAAACAAAGACCUUCACUUAGAGCUGGAGGCUCAAAAGAGGAAACAGGAGGAAGCCAGGGAAGUUGAACUACGCCGAAGAGUCGAUCUCUUGGCUCAGCAAGCUCAGUUACUGGUCACGGGUGAUGCCACAGCACUUGCACAAGCCCAUCUAGAGCAGGAUCGGCGGCGGUUUCAUGAGAAGCAGAUGGAGUGGGAGCAUAGCGUGGCCCUCCUGAAGUCCCAGCUGAGUGCCAGCGAGGAGGAGAGGAGGGAGGCUGUGUCGCGCUUCACAGAGCUGCAGCAGGAGCUGCAGCGUUACCACAGUCUCCAGCAGGAGGCCGAACGCUUGCACAAACACCUCCAAGAGGUGACAACUCAACUUCAUGCUAAUGAGGAAGCUCAGGCUCAAAAAGAGGCUCGCCUGCAGAAGCACCUCACGCUCCUUCAAGAGAGUCAGGACAGAGAGCGGAGGAGCUUGGCCGCCAGCCUGGCACAGGCAGAGCGACACUCACAAGACCUUCAGGAGAGACUGGAUCAGGCUGAAAAGCAGGUAGAGAGCCUGAAUAAAACUCAGAUCUGGACCAGGGACAUUGAGGAAGCUCAGCGACAGCUUCAAGAGGAGCUGGCUCGCACAGUAUCUGCUGUGCAGACACUUCAAGAGGAAAGAGAGCAGCUCAACCGUCGCUGUCAGGAGCUGCAGAACCAGUUAUUUGAGGCAGAUGGGGAGGUGAGCAGGCUGCAAAGCCGUUUGAAAACAGAUGAGACGCACUACUACAAUCUUGAGCACUCAUACGAGAGAGUUAGUGAGGAACUGCAGCUGGCCUUAGGGAAGGUGCAGCAAAAGGAGACUGAAACAGAGGACAUGCGAGAAGGCUAUGAGAGACUCCUGGACAGGAAGGAGCAAGAGCUAAGUGAAGUUUUGCUGAAGAUGGAAGUCUUAGGGAACAGCCUGGAGGAGACUGAAGUGAAGCUGAACAGUGUAUUAAAAAGUUGCACCUGUGCCUCUUCGCAGCUGAAGGAUGAGCCUGCUCACCAAAAUGAGAGACAGUCAAGUGAUCUUCUCAGUGUUAAAAACAGCAAGCCAAAGACACCAGACCAGUUGUCCAACAGCUCAAAUGCAGCUGAACAUGCAGGAGACGACCGUGAAAGGUUUAUAACUGUGAUCCAUACGCUUGAAACCAAGCUUUAUGCAACAGAGGAGAAGCUACGGGAUAUCAUGCAAAGACUGGAGGAGCACCACAGUCACAUCAGCUGCCAGGACCCCCACCUCUGCUCCCAGCUCACCCGGAGCCGAGCCACUGCUCAGCACCUCAGUCUGCUGCUCCACAGUCAGGCCAAGCAGAGCCAGCGCUUUGCCCAGGAGACAGAAAACCGCUGUAGGAUGCUGGUCGGGAGGUUUCAGGUCGCACUGAAUAUCAUACAAGCCUGCAGAGAGAGGCUCCAAACCACUCCCAUUGAUAUUACAGACUUUGAGAGGCAACUAGCCACCGUUGCUGCGUGCCUUCAGCAAGGAGAGAAAGAUGCAGAGAAACAGCAGUAUGAGUCACACAAUGCCAGCAAAGGAGAGGACAAGAUCCUCAAUGAUGAGGCUUUAGCUGGAGCUGAGAGCGACAUUAGUGCUAAAAUGAAAGUCAUUAACACUUCACCCUCAGACGUUGACAUGGAAAGUGUUGGGUCGUGUUUAAUGAGGGAGGUGUUUGUGGUAGAAAAAAUGGUGUCUGUUCUAAGGAGUCAACAUGGGCAACUUUUCUUGACACCAAGAGAGAAUGAGGGGGGUUUAGUGCACAGGUAUAAAAACAUAAUCUCCCAAAGAAUAGCGUUAAAAAUGGAAAAAAUGACUCAUUCUGGGAGAGCAGACAGUGACAACAACGGGCCUUUAGAGAGGGCCAUCAGCAGAGUUUGUGCUGAAGCUGAGCUCAUAUACGCAGCCUUAAAAUUUCAGCAGCAAUAUGAGAGUGUGACUCAAGCAAAUGAUCAAGACGAGGAGGAUAAAAGGAAGAGUCUGGCAGAUAUCAACCCCCCUGAGUUGGCUCCUUAUAAGGAGCAGGUAGGACAGGGUAGAAGUUCAGAGGGAGCUGCAAAACCAGGUGAAAAGGAGCAGUCUGAGGCCCUAAAGGUUGAGGCAGAGAAACAACCACAGUGGUUAGAGAGACUUAUAUCCAGGCUGCAAAGAAGGGCUAAAUUCCUUCGCCAACUCUGCCAGGAGAUUUCUGAGUGUAAUGUGGAGGAUAACUGGGAAAAUGCUUCUGCAGCUGAUUUGAACUGGAUGCAGGAGCAGGCAAAGUUCAUUUAUCUGUCAGACAGGCUGCACUCUGAUUUAGAGCAGCAGCAGAGUGAGGUGUUAAAGGACAAACUGCAAGCUUUGUGCGAAGAGCAGGAUAUCACAUUAAAGGAUGAGCAAGAGGCUUUUAAUCAGACCUUGUGUCAGCUUCAGGAGGACAACAGUGUUUUAAGAGAAGAACUGCAGCAUGCGGAGCAAAAGAUAACAUCUGUUGAGACCGGGAACCAGAGACUCCUGGAAGACAUGCGGAAAAUCGAAGACUAUCACGAAGAGCGGAUGAAAACACUGGAAACUGAGUUUCAGGAGAAGAUAAGGGAACUACAACAGAUACAUGAAGAGGAGAUGAAACACUUGCAUGGUUACUACACUAAGUCACCCAAAGAAAAACAGACCAAAACCUGCACAGAGGCACCUGCUCUCCCUGAAAGUACCUCUUCCACACCAGACCAGACUGCAAUGGAGAGAAAACCAAUGGUGGAAGAUGGUGCAGCAGCCAUGAGAGAAGCUUACGAGAAAGAUCUAGAAAAACUUGAGGCAUCCUGUGAUCAAAGUCUUACUGCUAUGGAGGAAAUGCACAGGCAGCAGAUUGGUGACUUACAGCAGCAGCAUCAGACGGAGGUGGCAGCACUGCUGAAGGAAAAAGAUAAGCUGCUGCAGGAAGAGACAGCUGCCACAAUGGCAGCCAUUGUAGCGAUGAGGAGAGCCCAUAAACAGGAGCUGGAGAAAACCCGACAGUGUCAGCGUAUGAAGGAGAGCGCUGACAUCACACAACUGCAAAUCGAAUAUGAGAAGGAGCUCCAGUUGAUGCAUAAGGAGCUCGAGGUGUUGUCACUGCAGCACACUCAGAAAUGCCUGGAAAACUCUCAGCUGAGCCAGGAGCUGCAUGACGAGAGACAGUCGUUGAUGCAGUACCAAAAAGAAAACCAGGAGCUCAAAAAGAAACAGAGAGAGACAGAUGAAAUGUCUCAGCCACAUUUCUCGCUGAAUGGGAAACAGUCACAUGUUCCUCAAGUAAACGACUUCUAUGAGAUGGAGGUGAUUCUGCGGGCGAGGGAGGCAGAAAUGCAGUUUCUCAGACAGGAAGCUCGUUCUCUCAGAGAGGAGUUGAAGAUUGCUCGAAUGGACAAAAUAUACGCCCAGAACAAGCUCAAGGCUCUUUAUACGAACAGCCAGGAUGAACCUCAUCACAAUGUCAACAAACUCUGUGAAGGUGUGAAGUUUGCCACUUGGUCUCCGAGCAGAGACGCCUCAGGACAGAGCCUCGAGGACUCUGUGACAAACACAAGUAGUGCUGCUUUUCUGAAGAAAACAGAGAAAUCCUCCUUCACACGUCAGCUCAGAGGAGUGAGAUCAAAGAGUUUAAAAGAAGGCCUUUCUGUCGAGGAAAAAAUGAAGUUGUUUGAGUCGUUCUGA